UAUCACAAUUAAGUUAAAAUGGGUAGAUUUUUAUAAUUAAAAGUGAACGGGGUCUUAUUUUUAUUUUUAUGUUACCGUAUUAGGCUCCAUCCUCAAAUGCUCGGCCUAAAAGCAAGACUGGGACCAAUGGGUGGGCCCAAAUGAGCUAUGGGGUUUCGGAGAAAUCGUAAAAGCAUCCGUUUGUUUCUGAAGCUUGGAAAUCCGAAACCCGCCUCCCCUUCUCUCUUGCUGAUCAGUUAUCAAUCGCCAUGGACUUCCACAGUUUGCCGAGGAGAGCGCUUCAAGCCCUAUGCAAGAGGAACAAAAUUCCAGCUAAUAUGACCAACAUCGCCAUGGCCGACGCCCUCUCCUCUCUCCAAUCAGUUGAAGGUCUGGAUCAAAUCCUAGAAGAAAUUGAAACCCCCACGAAAGCACCGUCACCGACGCCGACCAGGCCACCGAACCCAGCUCGUAGCUGUCGAAAGAACUCGCCAUUCGUCUGGUCGGAGAAUGAGAAGCAGAACAAGAAGAGGAGAGCUAAACAGGAAUCACCCGAUAGCCCAACGCCAAAGAGAAGCAGAACUCUGUGGCCAACAAGAUUAACGUGCAGAAAGGUUGAGGAUAAUGAUGAUGAUGAGGAAGUUGGAUCGAUGAGAAAGAUGCUACCUUUAAGCACUUUGGUGCCUUGCACCGAGAGUUCAGCGUGUUUGAAGACCUACUGCAGGGAAAUAUCACAAUGUUCUGUAGAGCCGGUUGAUGGGGUAAGCUCGCGGAGCCCAGUACUGGGUUGCAGCUCAACUGUUCGACGAAAUGCUGAAGCAUCCGAAUCUGCUGAAUUAGCUGUUGGAGGAGUCGCGGAAUGUAUUCAAGUAGGAGACGAGAGGAGGAGAAGUAUCGGGGUUCAGGUCGACAUCCAAGAUCUUGAUAAUUGCUCACUAGAGAUUUCAGCACCUGGAGAUCAAAUGCCAAGACUGACAUACGAAAAGGAAGCCGACGCAGAUGCGAAAGUUUGUAACCGGGGCCUCGAUCUUGUCAAGAAGCAUCAAGAAACCACCUGUUCAUGCUCUCUUCCUACUAGCCAACUCCUUGACAAAGAGUGUAUUCACUCUUCAGGAAAUCUUCAACUAGCCACUUGUUCCCCAAAACCAUGCCCAGAAAGUUUAAACAUGCUACCAAAUGUUGGGGAUCUUAGUGGAAAUCAAGAGACUUCAUUGCUAGAGAUGGGUGACCCACUUGUGGAAUACCAUGAAACCGAUGUUAAAAUUGCAGAAGUUGCAUUGAACCGCGGUCUAGUGCUGGAAGACUGUGAAUGUGGUAAAAGGGAGUUUGUUGGUAUUCACAGUGGCCAUGGGCAAGUCACUAACGUGGACGAGGAGAAUGGAAAUUCAAAUGUGCUAGAGGUCGUUGCUCCGACUGUGAAAUCUUGUGGAUCCAAUAAUACCAGAGGAAGUCUUGCGUUAUCCCCCGCUCCAUCAUUGGAGGGUGGUGAAGGUGAGAAAAAGGUGUUUGUUAGUAGUCACGGUAACCAUGGGGGAGGUAUUGACCCUGUCAAAGCCAACGAGAGUGCAAAUGUGCCGUCCGAUACUGGGGAUCAUGAUGACACCCGACAAAAUCCUUCGCUAAAGAAUGUCGAUGGAAUUGUGAAAUCUCAUACAUCUGAUGAUAGCAUUGGGAGUCUUUCAUUGAACCGUGGUCCAGUUUUGGAGCAUGGUGAAGGUGAGAGGAGGGAGCUUGGUAAUAUUCAUGGUAGCCACGGUGAAGGCAGUAACAUGGACAAAGAGAAUGAAACCUCUAAUAUGCGUUCCAUUAUUGUUGAUCCUAUUCAACGAACCUCCUUACUAGAGAUUGGUGAACAACUUGAGAAAUCUUAUGAAAUCGAUGACAGAAUUACGAUUAUCGCGUUGAACUGCGGUCCAGCACAGAAAGGCAGUGAAGAUGAGAAAAGGAAGCUUGUUAGUAGUCAUAAUAAUCACGGGGAAGGAGGAGUGGACAUGGGCAGAGACAGUGAAAGUUCAAGUGUGCCAUCAAUUAUUGAGGAUCACAUCGGCAGCCCGAAAACACUGUUGCUAAAGAAUUCUGAUCCAAUCGUGAAAGCUAGUGAACCUGAUGGUAGUGUUGGAAGUCUUGCGUUGGAUUAUUGCCCGGUAUUGGAGAACAUUGAAGAUGAGAAAAGGGAGUUUGUUGGUGUCCAUAGCAACCAGGGGGGAUUCACUGCUGGCCUGGACCAAGAGAAUGGAAGUUCAAAUAUGCCAUUCAGUACUGGGGAUCUUGCAAGCAAUCCGCAGACCUCGUUGCUGAAGAUUGGUGACCCAACUGUCAAACCUCUUGAAUCUGAUGACAGCGUUGGAAGUCUUACGCCGGAGGCAAAUGAAGGACAGAAAAGGGAGCUUGCUGGCGUCUAUAGCAACAACGGGGAAGGCGCUAACAUGGAGAAAGAGAAAGACGAGCCAAAGAGCGGUGGAGGAACAAAGAUUGACAUCAAAACAGAGAAUCAAAGUGAGAGGAAGAGAGAUCUCAGUGGUCUGAGCCUAAGAAAGUUAAGGUUGCUUUAUAAGGAAAAUAAACAGGUGAUCCAAAUGGACAUAGAAGGAGCAUGCAGAAAAGAUGAGAAGGUGCAUAAUGAAGACAAGCAGAAUCCAGAGGAGGCAAAGUUGAAUGGAUUAAGCUUAAGGAAGCUGAAGAUUUUGUAUAAGCACAAGGCGACCAACAACAGGAUCAAACACGGUAUGUAAUGUCAUCUUUUGUUAAGUUUGUCUGCAUUUGUGUGUGAGCUGAUUGUAUUAUUUCAGUAACCAGUUUGUUGUUCAAUUGUUUAUUAACUUUUGCCUUUUAGAUUUAUCGAGCUGUAAUAUUUCCUACCCUAUUUGUUAUCCUAAAUUAUAGCAGAAAUGAAAUACUAACGUCAUAUAUUUAA